AUGGCGGCGGCGCAGGAGGGACCGGCGCGCGGCGGCGGGGGGCAGGCCGGCGAGCUGGCGGGGCUCCAGGAGCCCCCCCUGCCGCCCACGCCGCCGCCCCCGCCGUCGCCCAUGACCCCGGAGCCCCCCGCGCUCCCCCAGCCCGAGCCGCCGUCGGAGGCCUACGCGCGGCAGCUGCUGCUGGAGGAGUGGGGGCCGCCGAGCGAGGGCCUGGAGCUGCCCCCGCGCCUCACCUGGAAGCUGCUCUACCUGCGGCGGCCGCUGUACCGCAACCUGCUGCGCUCGCCCAACCCCGAAGGCAUCAACAUUUAUGAGCCGGCGCCCCCUACCGGCCCCACCCAGCAGCCUCUGGAGAGCCUGGGCAAUUUCCAGGGCUGGUAUAUUGGCACGGAGGACCUCCAGCAGAACCUCAGCUGGACGGUGAAGCAGCAGUGCAUCAACCUCCUGGCCGAGGGCCUGUGGGAGGAGCUGCUGGACGAUGAGCAGCCGGACAUCACGGUCAUGGACUGGUAUGAGAACAGCCACCUGGACGUCUGCGUCUACGAGCUGCACGUGUGGCUGCUGGCCGCUGACCGCCGCUCCAUCAUCGCCCAGCACCACGUGGCCCCUCGGACCUCUGGGCGAGACCCCCAGGGCUGCUGGCUCCAGGUGUCCCACGUGUUCCGCCAGUAUGGCUCCGGCGUGCGCUUCGUCCACUUCCUGCACAAGACCAAGAACCGGAUGGAGCCUGCUGGGCUGCUGCGGACAAGGGCGACAAACUCCUCGGUGUCUGUGCAGCUCAGGGAGUGACUGGCUGGCCGCUCGUCCCCUCUACCCACCCCUUGACGGCCCCCCGAAUCCUUAGCACCCCUCUUUCCUGAGAACUCCGUGACUUUUAGCACCUCCCUGAACCCUUAGCACCUCCCUGUUCCCUAAGCACCCCUGAGCCCAUAGUACCUCCUUGAGCCUUUGCCUCUGCUGUGCUCCCUCAGUGCCUCCCCGUUCCUGCUGUUCCUAGAUCCCUCACCACCUUCGAGGCCCCGUAUAACCCUGCCUGGCCCUUGGUGACUUUGACAUCUUCACAUAUCACUGAAUGACUCUGCCACUUGCCCUGCCAUCUCCAAGCUCUGGGAGGGCAGUAGCCUCUUCUUCCUAAGUCAGUGCUAAGUAGGUGCUCAAUAAAUCUUUAAGAACUGACUGAAUACAAG